GGUACAGAUGACGACGACGAUGAUGACGAUGAUGAGGACACCCCCAAAAAGAAGACAAAGAAAAAGACAACAAAGGACAGCUCUCCGUCUGCAAGUUCUGCCAAAGAAAAGAAAUCUAAAUCUAAAGGGUGCUGGGGACACAAGACUUGUGCCACAAGAUAGGACAAAGAUUCAGAUGGAAAGGAAAAAAAGUCAAAGGACAAGACAAAGGAGAAGGACAAGAAGAAAGAACCAGCUUCAAUGUUCCAGAUAAGCGGAGACAAAGACUCAAAGAGCAAGAAGAAAGCUGCCAAAUCAGAGAGUGACGACAGUGAAGAGGAGACAAAGUCAACCAAAUCAAAAAAGAAAGCCACAGCCAGCUCAGCAUCCUUGUUUCAAACAUCAGGAGACAAGGACAAGGACAAAGACAAGAAGACAAAAAAGAAAGCAAAGGCAGAACAGAGUGAUGAUUCUGAGUCAGAAAAAGAAGAAAAAUCAAAGAAGAAAAAGGGCAAAGGGAAGAAAAAAAAGGAGAGAUCUCCAUCACCUGAGAUCGAGUUUGAUGACCUGGAGAAGUUCGUGAUGCAGCCAGCUCCGCAGGGCGUGACGGUCAAAUGCAGAGUGACUCGAGACCAGAGAGGGAUGGACAAGAGCCUGUAUCCGACGUAUUACCUUCAUCUCGACAACGAAAAAAAGACGUUCCUGUUGGCCGGGAGGAAACGGAAAAAAAGCGCAACUUCAAAUUACCUCAUCUCCAUUGAUGCCACAGAUUUAUCAAGAGGUGGAGAGAAUUUUGUGGGAAAGUUGAGGUCCAAUUUAAUGGGAACUAAGUUCACCGUAUUCGACAAUGCUCUGAAUCCAGAUAGAGCUCUACCAGACUUGUCUAAUGCACGGCAGGAGUUAGCAGGCAUCAUCUAUGAAACAAAUGUCCUUGGGAUGAAAGGGCCCAGGAGGAUGACGGUCAUCAUUCCAGGAAUGAGUAAGGACAACGAGCGUGUACCUUUCAGACCAAGAAGUGAUUGUGACGGCUUGUUGAUAAGACACCAGAAUAGAAGGAUGGACAAUAUGAUCGAGCUUCACAACAAGACGCCUGUGUGGAACGAGGAAACAGCGUCUCAUGUGCUCAACUUUAACGGCAGGGUCACCCAGGCCUCCAUCAAGAACUUCCAGAUAGUCCAUAGCAAAGACUUGGACUACAUCGUGAUGCAGUUUGGCAGAAUAGCCGAUGACAUUUUCACGCUGGACUUCAACUACCCGAUGUGUGCCAUACAGGCCUUCGCCAUCGCGCUCUCCAGCUUCGAUGGUAAAAUCGCAUGUGAAUAACAGACAGAUCCGCACUCGUCCGCUCAACUGAAACCAGUAUGCAACACGCCCACACUCAUAUCCGAACAACUCACGUCUUUGGACUCUCCCUCAAUGCUUCCUGUGAACUGCACUGAUAACAAACGGUGCAUCCUUUAAUGAGACAGUAACUGCUGGUAUGCGAUAUCUUCAUGGGCGUGUGGCUCAUUCCAGGUGUAAGAAACAUAAUUGGUUUCAUAUUAUCGUCUUAUCUCGCAUGGUAUGUCACAGGACAGACUCCUUGUUUUUGUAUCAGUGAAUUACUGUGAAUCACAGACAGACACACAUUACGUUAAAGUCCUCCAUUGACUGAAGAGUUGUGGAUUUUUUUCAGAGGAUUAUGUGUACACCUCGACGAUGUAGGUGUUUUAAGAUUAUACUCACAUUAUAAAAGAUGCUAAACUGUGUCUGUGUCUAUAUGUUGACUUUGUAUUGCUAAAAUACCAACAGGUCACAAACCUCUUUCGUCAGAUGUGAGAAAUGCAAACAACCCAAGAACUAUGUCAUACUGCAAAGAAUUUAGAGAUAUUAUGACUCUAAACAACACGAUUUCUCUCACAAAAUGACAGACUCGUACAACACACUGUCUAUAUGUUAGUUACUUCAGUAACACUCUUCGAUUUAGACGUGUAGUGUUUUGUUAUAGAAAUGUACCCAGUGUUCAAGUGUCACGUUUUGACAAAAUAUUUGAUAAGUUUUAUUUCCCUGCUUAUCUCAGCUGACUGGUUCUGAUUUGAGCUCCUGUAGGUUUUUUUUUCUAUAUUUCUUUUUUUGGGGUUUAACAUUUUGUGAAAUUCAUCUAUUUUUCUGAACACUGCCUUUGAUGCAUUUCUAGGCUUGUUGUAAUAUUGUUAUUUAAUAAAGCACAUGGAUGAAUUUC